AUGGAGUGCAAUGGCAACAAGGCCAUUACGGCGGAAACUGAAAACGUCAGCGAGCACAACAGAACGACAGGAGAGCCGCGAAAGGUGGGAACACGCAAUCAGCCAGAGGCAGGAUGGAUUCGCCUCGACGACAGACAAGUCAUUCACACACAUAGCCUCUCCGAUACGUUGCAAGCUCAUCGCGAGGCCAAUGCAGAGAGUAUACCUAUCCAGCGCGUUCGUACCGCUGGUGAAGGUCCAGUGAGAACAGAGCGCCAUUACAAAACUAAACAUCUUGAUCUGAAUCGUGACGCCUCCAGUGUAGAGGUGACUCGAACCAGAGAAGACUACAAAGGACAUGCUCAAGGGUUGGCCUUCGACUGGGUCAUCGUUGGAGAUGUACACCGUUAUCUGCGCCUGCCCUGGAUGAAAGAGCUGGAUGCGGCUGGACCAUCUCGAUUGCGUGCUGGGGAUAGACUCACAGAUGAGAUUCGAGCUGCCGACGCCUUUUUCACACCUACCGCACGAGAAGAUGCGGCAGUUGCUGCUAUUAUUGAAGAGCUUGAAACAUGGGUGCAAAAGUGCCAUCGGAAUUUCCUCCGCUUCGAUGUAAUCGGUUCUCGUGCCACUGGAUUGGCAAGUCCACUCUCUGACAUUGAUGUCAAUCUGAUGAUGAAUGGUCAGGAUGGAGAGACUUUUAAAACUGUUACUUCAAGGAUCAUGCAUCAACUUUCUAGGGGGAUGGGGCGCAGGUCACUGAAAGACACACCAUUCAUGACUACAUUCUUCGCUUCGCGCGCAACUGUACCCAUCAUCGCAGGCAUUCAUGGACCAUCUGGACUAGAGUUCCAGAUUCAGAGUGCCAGCAGCGGCUAUCGAAGUCUUCAAGUCACACAGCAAAUCGCUUCUGACUACCUCAGUGUCAAGCCCUUGUUUAAAAUCUUGAAGCAAAUGCUCAAGAUGCGAGGCUUGACCCGUGGCUCCAAAGGCGGACUAACUUCAUACCCACUUUUCAUCAUGAUUGCUGUUUGCCUGAAGAGGAACGCUCUAGACUCGGAUCCGCACAAUCUCGGUCACAAUCUUAUUAAGUUCUUGGAAUUCUGGUCGAAUAUGGACUUCUACAAGACUGGUGUGACUCAUGUUCCAGGUGCCCACCUUACUGGUUCACUUAUUGGUGACGAGCGAUUGUCGAAAUACUUCGAAGAUGAGGAAACUAUCGAUAACACAAUCUCCGCUGUUGCCCAAGAUCCUACUGAUGCUCAACCAGUCUUGUUUGACGUGCGCAAAAAAUUAGGCCAUCUUCAUAAAUCUAGGAGUGGAGACUUCAUGAUGGUCCUACACGAUCCUGCGGACCUUCGUAAUGAUCUGGGUCGAUCAGCAAGCACAAUCAAGCAUAUACAGGCCACUCUAAUGGAAAUUCAUGCAAGCUUGAAGAAAGAUAUGGCGGAAUGGAAUGACACCAUUCGGCGUACUGGCCUUUCCGCAAAAGAGCCUCCAUCACUGCUGCGCUCGCUGAUAGAAGGUGAUUACAGCAUGUACAAUCUCGAACGGAAGAGAGUGCGACCAUAG